UCGAUUGGUUAACAGCCGAGAACGGGGAGAACCUCCUCGCAUAGGGACUCCGACUUGGAGGUUCGACAAAGCUUAAAUUUUAAAAAGCUUCUACUCGAGAACUUGCUUAAUUCUUAAAUUAGCAAAUAUGUCUAAAGCGGGAGCAAAAGUUAUGAAAGGAUUUAAAAAGGUCGUCGAUAAAGUCAACCACGGUAAUAGGAUAAAAACCAACAUUCCGGCAGGUUUGGCAGCACCGGGCCCUCCACUGGGACCUAUGCUAGGACAGCAUGGCAUUAAUAUCGCGUCUUUCUGCAAAGACUUCAAUGAACGGACGAAAGACAUAAAAGAAGGGAUACCUCUACCAAGCCGUAUAACUGUCAAUCCUGACCGAAGUUACAGCAUUGUCAUCCAUAAACCACCUGCUACGUUCUUCCUGAAGCAAGCAGCAGGGAUCCAGAGGGCUGCAAUGGAGCCUGGCAAAGAGAUUUCCGGUAAAGUGACCCGAAAGCACAUAUACGAAAUUGCUAAAAUCAAAUCAGAAGAUCCUGUAUUCGAGUGUGUGCCUUUGGAACAGAUUUGCAAAAAAAUAAUUGGCAUUGCUCAUUCAUGUGGGAUUGAAGUUGUCGACAAGCUCGAUUCACAAGAGUACCAGACGUUUUUAGAAGAGAGGAAACUGAUCAUUGAAGAACAAAAGAAACAACUUCAAGAAAAGAAAGAAGCCAAAAUGUUAAGAUUAGGGUAAAAUUGAAGUGUCUCGUAAUCAACGUAUCAACUUCAUAAAAUGUAAAAUAGCAUUUGUGUUAGAUUUUUGCCAAGUUGGUAGAAAAUGUAAAUAAAUUGUUUAAUUUUUUUUUU